CUUUCUCUCUCUCUCUUUCUCUCUCUCUCCCUCUAAAGUCACACUUAUGAUUUCCACCAGUUGCCAACAAAGUGGAAAGCCUGAGUAAACUUCUGGAUGGGGACGGCCUGGGUAAGCAGGAAGGGGAGGUUGACCAGUGAACAUUGGCUUCCUCCUCACAUCCCCCUCCUCACUGUUACAGGAAGUCGAGAGAAGAGAGAGACCACAGUGCAGACGAUUCUUUUCUGCUUGGCUCUGGCAGCCAGUGCAGCUCAGGGCACUGAAGAUAAGCAAGAAAGUAAAAACAAGUGAUGUACCUAUUCUAAUGGGCCAAGAAGACAAGGGCUACUGGGCUGCUGCUCAUGAACAGGGAUGAUGGAAACAUCGUGGCACACGCAGGAAGUUGCACUCCUCCCUCAAUUAAAUCCAGAAGUCAAUAAUGCAGGAAGUAAAGUGGACGAAAGUGCUGGCCUCACAGACCAGCUGACAGUGGCCAGCAUUAGCAUCCUGGAGAAGCUCAUCAAGACUUGUCCAGUGUGGUUGCAGCUGGGUGUUAGUAAUGAAAGAGCCACUGAGAUUCUGCAGAGAGAGCCAGCAGGGAUAUUUCUAGUGAAGAAGAAUCUAGCUUUGAAGAACAUGGUUCUUUCCAUUCGCUUUCCAGACCAAAACGGAGAACCACGGAUCAAGGAUGUUUUGAUCAAGGAAGAAAAAUCACUGCUGUACCUGGAUGGCUCUGUGCUGGUCUUUGAUGACAUUUUUAAACUGGUGGCCUUUUACUGUGUCAGCAGGGAUGUACUUCCUUUCACUCUCAGUUUGCCACAAGUCAUCACAGAGUCCACCAAAUAUGAGGAUCUGGACACCAUCUCAAGUCUUGGCUCAGAUUUCUGGGGUUCUUCCCUGAACCAAAGAGCUGAGGCUUUCAAAAAAUGUGGCUCCCGCCAGGCACAGCAUCUCUCCACUGACAACAGUCACUGCUCAUGUGAGAUUGAGUUGUCAAUAGGAAGUGACCGGCUGUGGUAUGUCAAUCCUAUUUUUAUCGAGGAGUAUUGCAACAGUUUGCACACUGCUGCUCCCAUUACCAGAAGCCAGAGUCUCACCACAGAGAGCGUGACGCAGCCCCGAUACAAGAGGCCACCUCCCAUCCCGCCUAGACCUCGACCAGAAGAGCUCUUUGCUGGCAUUCGGGCAGUCAAGCAGACAGGCACUGCCAUUCCGAGCACUCCAAAUCAGGAAGUGAAACAUGGCCAAAACGAGGGGGCAGGUACCUCUUGCCAGGUAGCCGGCAGCGUGCAGCAGACUGAAACUCGGAAGCCCUUGCGAAUCCCUCCCAUUCCACCAAGAAAACAGUUGUCUGGUAAGCACUUGGGAGAGGCAGCCAGAGAGGCCAGGAAGACUCCGCCAUCACAAAAGCAGCAAGACAAAGUGCCGGUUGCCACACUGGUUAAUAUAGAAGGUGAUGACACAGAAGGUGCCAUUCUGGGUGUGGGUGGCAAAAUGUCUUUGGGAAUGAAUGACCUGAUGCCUGUACCCACUGAGCCAAGUCCUCUGACCAUGGAGAAGACAAAGAAAGAUCCACCUGUUCCACCUCCAAGGAAAAAGCGACAGUCUUACCUGACAAGUGUUUCCCGGCCUCAGGGGACAUCAGCACAUGUGAAGGAGUUGCCCUCCAGUCUAGUGACUUCAAGCAUUUCCAUUUCUUCCAUUAAAGUAGUAGAGCCCAGCAGCCUAAAAGGCUCAGACACCUCUCUCUACUCUCCUGAAGGCAAUUUGGCAACCUCCAAUACGGAGCACGACUCCUACUCCACGAGCAGCACAGAGGAGGACACAGAACACGCCAGCAGCCCUGUGUCCCAAAUGAAGAGAAACCCCACCAUCAUGCUGGACAAAGCCAAACAACGGCUCUCCAUGGCCAACCUAUCUCACGUUUUCACAGCCUUUAUGUGCGCAGACCGCAAACUGCAGAAGCGCAUUACAGAGCUGGCACAGGAUAAGGAGUCAUAUUUUGGCAACCUGGUACUGGACUAUAAGGCCUAUACUUUGGACACCAUGAAGAAGCAGGCAUCCAGCACUGAGAUGCUGCAGGAGAUCCGGCAGAUGAUGACCCAGCUGAAGAGCUAUUUGAUCCAGAGCACGGAGCUGCAGGGGCUGACCGAUGCCACCGUUUACACUGAGGAAAAGCUAGAGGUUAUCAUCGAGGCAGCUUUGUGCAAGUGUGUUCUGAAACCUCUACGUGAAACCAUCUACUCAGGCCUCAAGGAGAUCCACACUGAAGAUUUGUCCCUCCAGCGACUUCUGGAGAAUCAGCAAGUUGUUGUGAACACAACCACUACAGACCUGGGGGUGACCACCUGUGUGCCAGAGGUCACAGUCAUGGAGAAGAUCCAACAUAAGUUUACAGCCAUGCAUAAAGCCUACUCCCCGGAGAAAAAGAUAACAGUCUUGCUCAAGACGUGCAAAAUCAUCUAUGAAUCCAUGUCCGUUGGAAGCCAAGGAAAGCCACAUGGUGCAGAUGACUUCCUCCCUGUUCUGAUGUACGUUUUGGCCCGCAGCAACCUGACUGCUUUACUUUUGGAUGUUGAGUACAUGAUGGAGCUAAUGGACCCAGCAUUACAGUUGGGAGAAGGUUCUUAUUACCUGACGACUACCUAUGGAGCCCUGGAACACAUCAAAAGUUACGACAAGAUUGCGGUCACUCGACAGCUCAGCCUGGAGGUCCAGGAUUCAAUUCACCGCUGGGAACGCCGGCGAACACUCAACAAGGCCCGUGCCUCCAGGUCCUCUGUGCAGGACUUCAUAAACAUCUCCUUCAACGAGGCCUGCAUGAACACAAAGACUCUGGGUGCGCGGCCCGACACCACUGUGCAAGACCUGUGCCGGCAAUGUGCUGACAAGUUCGAGGUGGACAUCGCAGAGCAGUAUGGGAUCUUUGUGCUGGUGGAUGGUGCGUAUCAGCAGCUGGCCUCUGAUGACCUCCCUCUAGCCAUAAAGGCUGCCUUCCACCACAGUGAGCCCAAGAAGGAGUAUUUCUUUGUAUACAAACUAAUAACUUGUGAUGGGGGACUGGCAAAAAUGGCAUUAUCAGAAACAGAAAAUAUCUGAGAAGUUGUGCAGCCCCAACACCUUUGUCCUGUGGGCCCAUAGGCACUGUAAUGUCCUCUGCUGGAGGGCAGCCAUAUGUCCAGUUACUGGGUGACCUGUGCAGAUCAUUCUAGCAGCAUCCUUCUGUCAACCAAGAGUGUGAGGUGCUAAUACAGCCUCUGGUCCAUUUAACAAAAUACAAAGUUACUGCUA